AUGGUCCUGCAUCUUCUCGGAAAGAAAAGCUGGAAUGUCUACAACAAAGACAACGUCGACCGUGUGCGCAAAGAUGAGGCGGCUGCGCAAGCCAGAGAGGAGGAGGCAGAACGCCGCAUGCAAGAAGAAGAUGCUACUCGUCGCAUCGCUAUUAUGCGAGGUGAAGUGCCUCCACCCGUCAUAGCUCAAUCACCCCCACCCGACGAGCAUGGUAACUCGCGGCAGCGCCGAGAUGUUGAUGGUGGCCGGGAUCGCAAACGAAGGCGUUUGAGAGGCGAAGAUGAUACCGAUCGAGACAUGCGCAUCGCUCGCAUGGAUGCAGCUUCUGGAGCUGCUGCACGUGAGAAUCUGAGUCUCUGCCAACAGAGAAAAGAUGAUGGCCAUGUGCCCCUAACAGACCAUGCUGGUCAUAUCCAGCUUUUUGCUGCGCCUGAUGAGCGUGCCAUACUAGCCAAUUCCCGCAACGCUGAAGCAGAAUCGGAGAAGGCAAAAAAAGCACGGGAGUACGAGGACCAGUAUACGAUGCGUUUUUCGAAUGCGGCUGGUUUUAAGCAGUCAACAUCCUCGGCGCCAUGGUAUGUUUCUUCAAGUAAGCAAGAUGCUGAGACGCGAGAGUCAAGUAAGGAUGUCUGGGGGAACGAGGAUCCGAGUCGAAGGGAGAGAGAACAAACAAGGAUGAGUUCAAACGACCCGAUGGCAUUCAUGCGCAAAGCACAAACACAACUCAGACAGGCCGAGACGGACAAGGAGAGAUGGAAGGCCCGUAAGGAACGGGAGCUCAAGGAGCUGGAGCGAGCUGAAAAAGAAGAGAGACAAAGACGAAAACAUCGUCGACGCGAACGUGAUCAAGAUGAAGGAAACCAAAGUCCAGGUGGCGGUCUCGAGAGCUUUUCUCUCGAUGCCCCAAUUCCUGACAACAAACGCAGCAGGCAGGAGAGAAACGACAAUCGCGUUAAGAGACAUUCUCACAGACAGCCCAGGAGUCGAAGCCGCGAUGGCGAGCAUGAAAAUGGCUCUUCAUAUCGAUCACACCGCCGACGACCAAGAAGCCCUCGCUAG